AUGCGGACCUUCUCUACGACCUUAGCGCUCUCGACACUCACCCUCCUGCUGAGCUUCUCCUUAUCGACGGUCGCAAACCCGGUCGCAACCCCGGUAUUCGUGGGCGACCAUGUCCUCAACCUCGAGAAACGAUGCGAAAAUCCCUGUGGCUGGAAUGACAAGUACUGCUGCAGCGCCAACCAAGCCUGUCAGACCAACGCCGCCAACGAGGCGAUUUGUGUGGAUGGUGGCAGCGGCAGCUGGGAGUAUUUCACCAGCACCUACGUGAUCACCGAGGCCGAGGUGUCGACCGUCACAUCUGUCUGGAGCAGUCACCUCAUGACGCCGGCUCCAAGCGCCAGUGGUACCUGCAAGUAUGAGUACGGCGAGAGCAAGUGCGGCACUAAAUGUUGUGACGUGGACUCGGUUUGCGUCAGGGGAGAAUGUGUUGUCGGCAGCUCCUCCUUCGCCACCACUGGAGCAGGAGCACAAGCGACGCCUCCACUCCGCGGGACUAGUAAUGGCAUGUCUACCGUCACGCAGACCGAAGCGCCCACCACCACAGAGGGAUUCAUUGCGCCCGUCAGCACGGACGGAUCCGAGUUGAUUGGGGCCAAAGCCACGGUUGGCGGUGGUGGAUUGAGCGGUGGUGCGAUCGCGGGCAUUGUCAUCGGCGUGAUCUUCGGUAUUAUCCUUUUGCUGCUUCUCUGCGCAUGCUGUUGCUUCAAGGGGGCCGUGGAUGGAUUGCUAGCAGCUCUGGGUUUCCGCAACCGCCGGCGACGACAGACCGUUGUCGAAGAGCGCAUUUCGCACCACUCCGGCAGUCGACCGCCAGGUCGCCGGACAUGGUUUGGCACUCGACCGGCUGCCGCUACAGACAGCGAGGUCAGCGAGAAGAAAUCCAAAUGGGGUAGCUGGGCCACCAUUGCACUCGUCCUGGGUGCGCUUGCGCUCUGUCUGGGAUUGAAGAGACACAGAGACCGCGAGCACGACGACGACAGAUCCGACCACACCUACCCGAGUGAUUACUACUCCGACUACUACUCGGAGUAUUACACCAAUUCAAUUCGGACCGACGAACUCGAGAUACACGACGGUCACGACGAUCGCGCACCCGCUCACGGCGUUGACGAUAAUGAGUAG